UCGAUUGCAGGAAGUCUUGCAAGGCCUGUUUUCGAGGUUGGAUAUGGUACUUGUGGUAGUAGCAGAACUCGAAUAUAGCAAAAUGGCCGUCUCUGGAUUUUGAGUUUUUCCUUGACCACAUUUUCAUCAAAAACACCGAUUAUUUCAUGCCAGUUGCGAAAUGGAAGGAGAAACUCUGUAUCUGAUCUUGGUUGCAUUCCUGUGGGGCUUCACCAACCCAAUGAUCAAGCAAGGCGGUGCAGGUAUUGAAAACAUCAAGAAAAGAAAUGCCCUACUCCAGUUCUUUGCUGAGGUGCAAUUCUUGGUCUCAAAUUGGAAGUACAUGGUCCCAUUCCUUAUAAAUCAGUCAGGAUCCAUUAUAUAUUUCCUGUGUUUAGCAUCAGUCAAUUUAUCCAUGGCAGUCCCCAUUACCAAUGCCCUGACAUUUAUAUUUACUAUCGUGGCUGGCAAAGUUAUUUUAGAAGAAAAAAUAAGUACAGAGACGCUUGUUGGAAUGUUACUGGUGCUGGGAGGCGUGACCUUAUGUGCGUGUGGGAAUGUCGCCGCAUCAUCAUGAGGAAUGCAAUAGUGGUUGUGUAUGCAAAGACUUGAUGGAUUUUUGCAGGACAUUCAGAACAAUAUGCUUCCAUAUCUCGCAUGCUUUUGUGUGUGACAUUGGCUUUUAGUCUGGUGAAAGAACUAGAGCGGCCAGAAGGUAUUACCUAAGAAUUUGUGAAUAUUUGGGAUGGCACCUUGCCAUAACAAAAUUUAUCUGGCACUUGGAUUAAGACUUGGUAUGCAGUAAUACUACACUAUGUCUAAUGCAUCAGAUUCACACUGUAUGUUAAUGGCAUUUUAAACCUGUGUGCAGAUUUUGUAUUAAGUUAUUUAUUCAAGAGUGUUUCACCGUCCAGAUUGGAUAAGACAAUAUAAGCCAUAGUCCGUUGUGUCUGAUGUCUAUGCCGGGCAACUAAAGACAGCACAUGUUGAUAGUAGCCUGUAGUGUACUCGCAUUUGUAUAUGCCAACAGGCUAAGAUGGUACCUUCGAGUUUAACUGAUUACCUACCUAACCAGGAAGGCUGACAAAGACCAUACCAUCACUCAGCUCAUUUGGCUAAUUGAUUGACUUAAUUUAUGUUAA